AAUCUCAAAAUUUAAAUUCAACUAAGUCGAAAUAUCUUUUGUACAUUUUGUACCAUUAUAUGUUAGAAUAAAUAAACAUUUGUAUUUUCUUUUUUCUAGGGAAUAGAUAGAGAGCUUUAUAUAUUCAAAAUUUGUCCUAAAUACAUUCCUAUUGAACAUAUCUGAAGUGAAUACAGUUGUAAACGUAACUUCAUUUCAUGUUACCAUUUAUUUAGAUUCUUCUAGCGCCAUAUUUAAAAGAAAUAACAUUAACUUACAUAAAUGUAUCAUAAGUUAUAAAUUGUACAUAUAUAUGUAAUACAAAGGUAAACAUUUACAAAGCGGUGUAAUAUCAUAACGAUACUGGUUAAAUAGAGGAUAAUAUCACAUAACUGAAUACGUUGCUAGUAUUACACAGGUUGUAUAGAAUAAUAGGUUAUACCUUAUAUACACGCAAAGUAGCAGAACAAUAUGCUAUUCCGGUUGAAAAAAUGUGUACUUCAUACACAGAUGCGACAAUUCGUAAUGUUUCACACGAAUAAUACAACUCAAUUAAAAAUGAAAACGAUUUACCGUUUGAGAGAACCGAAAUACUCAAAUAUAAUAAAUCCAAGUCUUAAUGUACAUAGAUUACUGCACUCUGCAAAUCAAAACAGUUUGCCACCGUUAAUGCUUGGAUAUCCUAAGGAAUGGAGUGUUCUUGAAACGAUGCAGUUUUAUUUUAUUUUGAAUUCAUCUAUUGACCCAGAGUUUCGUUUACAAGAUUUUAUGAUAGGAGCUCAUCAGGCAAUGAUGGCAAUAUCUACAGCUUUAAAUAUGCAAGACUAUGAAGCAUUAAAUGGUAUGGUAAAAGAAAAAGCUAUAAAAAUACUAAGGCACAGAGUUGAUCGUCUAACUCCAACACAACGGGAGCUACUUAUUAUUGAUAAUGAAUCUCUUACGUUUCUUCCUUAUUUCAUAAAAUUAAGGAGGAAUAAAGAUAGCAAUGAUGCAGUCGUUCAAAUAGGAAUACAGGGAUUGUUUAUGAAAAAUCUUCUGGAUAUGAAUUCAUAUGUGCAUAUUCAUUAUAUAUUUGAAAGGAUGUAUAAGAAUGGAGUAGGAAGUGAAUGGAUUGUAAGACUAGUAAGUCAUACAUCAUUUUGGUAGAUUCUUACCGUUAUAUAAUUAAAUAAUUAAAUACAAUUUUUAUCUCAA